AUGGGCGACCACAAAAAUGCUGCCAAAAUCCCUGGCGAUGAAGAAGGGGCGGGUGCAGAGGAACCGGGACGCCCGAUAAGAUUGACGUACAAUAUCGAAGGAGCCCGCGAACGCGAAAUGCAUAUGUUCUACCCUUACUGGGGAAUCCCUCCCGUCAAAAAGCGAUCAGCCAACGCGUCUCGUGAUAAUGUCCUCACCGUUUUCGCGCAGCUAGCGACACUUCGGCUAAAAGCCAAGCGAGCCUUGAUCUCCCUCUUCGAUCGAACCACCCAAUACGUAGUAGCUGAGGCGACGCCACGCUACGACCUCCGCAGGCACCAUAAUCAUCAGCAGGACUCGAACGCGAAGGCGAAAUCUGGAAAUCUAUGGCUUGGUGUGUGUCAGAUGUCUCGAGAAUACAUGAAGAUGUGCGAUCAUGCGAUGAAGGCCGCCGUGGAGGACCCUGAGGCCCUCUUCAUGGUGCGCGACUUAUCCAAAGACUCCCGCUUUCACGACCAUCCAUCCGUGGCCGGACAUCCGCAUAACCGCUUCUACGUCUCGGUGCCGAUCGUGUCCCCUGGAAAGCAUGUGAUUGGAAAUCUGGUGGUUAUCGAUGACAAACCUCGGGAUGGACUCGUCGAAGAGGAAAUCGUCUGCGUACGAGACUUGGCAUUGACCGUGAUCGACCACCUGCAAUCCCAGCGAGCGAUGCGUGAGGAAUAUCGGGAAGAGAAGAUGGUAAAGGCCCUGGCUUUGUUUGUCAAUGGCAAGUCGGACCUUGGGGAAUGGAGCCAAAAUCAGGAUGGACGGCCAAUAAAGAAGGCGGGGGAUGCCUUGGUGGACAUGUCGGAGGUUAAGAAUCGUCUCGAUGACCUCAAGGUUACUGUUACUGACUCGGAGGAUGACUCUGGUCAACAUGAAGGGUCGGAGACAUCGCAAAGCGAGACAGAGCCGCCGUCCGAUGAACAAGAAUUGCAACUAAAUGGGUCGGAAGAACGGCAAGAUAUCUCGGACGAAGAGCAAGAUCAACCGGAGCAGCAAGACCAACCGGAACAACAAGAUCAAUCGGAGCUACAGCAAUUUGGGAUCAGCUCAAACCCGGUAGGCUCACAUGCGCAGGGACGACCAACUCGUCCGAAGCUUUCCCCUACGACAAGUCGUCUACAAGAAUCGCUGGUUCCGUCUAAUGUGCGAACGAUCCUCGGCCGUGCUUCAAAUCUAAUUCAUCAGGCCCUCGAUGUCGAAGGAACAAUGUUCCUUGAUGCGUCAGUGUAUGCGAGACGGCAGAUGAUGGGCUCAACUAGCGACUUGCACGAGGAACGCAAUCCCAGCCCUCGGAAGGUUUCGGGCGACAGCCAAGUGACACCCGGGAAAAAACCGGCCAAGGAUCAGAAUCUUGGCUCCGCCACCCUGGUGCUCGGUCACUCGACGAACGCUGGUCUCACCCAGGACCACGAGCCGAGCGAUCGACACUACGUUUCACUUUCAAGCGAAUUGGUGAGUCGCAUCAUCGACCGCUAUUCGCGCGGAAAGAUCUUCCAUAUCGAUGCGGACGGCACAAUCACAAUGAGCUAUGAGGGUACUGCGCUCAGCUCGGAACUGGAGACCCAUAUUCGCGGAGAGGAUGCAGGCCUGGAAGGGAAGCAACCCCACGAUGCGAUGAUCGAGGAAGAAAACCGGGAUAUUAGGGACCUCAUCAAAGUCAUGCCCGGUGCCCGGUGCAUCGCGAUUUUCCCUCUGUGGGACUUCCAGCGCAACCGAUGGUUCGCAGUCAAUGUGGUGUGGACGAGAGAUCCAGGCCGAGUGUUGUCGGAGCCGAAGGACUUGACGUACAUGGCGGCCUUCAGCAACAGCGUGAUGGCAGAGAUCUCGCGGCUGAAUUUGCAGGCGGCCGACCGCGCGAAGGCUGACUUCAUCUCGUCGAUCUCGCACGAGCUACGCUCACCGCUGCACGGCAUCCUGGGUACAUUGGAACUCCUGAACGACACGGCGACGAGUGUCACCCAACGACCUUUGUUGGAGACCGUCUCUAGCUGCGGCAAAACCUUGCUUGACACCCUGAACAACCUGCUAGAUUACGGCAAGAUGAAUGCGCUGAACGAUCCCCAGGGAUCGCAGAAGCAGAAUGAGUCAAAGGAUGAGGAAGAACGCCGUACCAGCAAAUCCCAGGGCCCGCCGGAGCAGGAAGAGGACCUAAGCCUUAUUGUGCAGGAAGUAGUCGAAGGCUUGGUCGCGGGCCAGGACUUUUUCUGGAGAACCACCGAGACGAAACCCGAGAAAGAGAGAAAAGCGAAGGAGAAGAAGGCUAGAGGGAAUCUCAAGGAUGUUAUCACUAUUGUCGACAUUCAGUGGCAGGAAAGCUGGCUUUGCAAAGUCAACCCGGGCGCCUGGCGCCGAGUCAUCAUGAACCUCUUUGGCAACGCAUUGAAGUAUACUGAGAAGGGCUGUAUCCGACUACGCAUGGAGAACGAUAGCAUGCUCCUCGAAAAUGAGAAAGUCCCUGCCGUCCGGAUCGUUAUCACGGACUCGGGUCGCGGGAUGUCCGAAGACUAUAUUCUGCAUCACCUGUACACGGCAUUCGUCCAAGAGGACACUAUGUCCCCGGGGCUAGGCGUGGGUGUGCACAUCGUGAACCAGAUCGUCAAAUCAAUGUCCGGCCAGAUCGAGUUUAACAGCGAGCUUGGUGUUGGAACCGAAGUUAGUCUGCUAAUCCCCGUAACCAUGAUCACCGACAGACCAGAGAAAUCGCUGGCGUCGUCGAGGUACCAGACCCUCAAGAAGAGAUUGCAAGGCCGCACUGUCGCACUGUUCACGAAUACUUUCCGCGCCAACGACCUGAAAGUGAAACCGGAGUUUGUGGACAACAUCGUGGCCAACCUGCGUAAAAUGAUCAGCGACUGGUUUGGCUUGCAGGUGUUGACGGCGGGAGAGCUAGAAGGACAGCCGGCAGAUAUCAACAUCAUCACUCAGGAUGAGUACAGUAGGAACUACAACCCCGAGGCUACUGGACCUGGCGGACUCUCCCCAUCAGUCUCAGCCAGCGUAGGGUUCCCGCUGAUCGUGCUGAGCGCGAACGCUUCUAAGGCUGCUGAUUUCCGGAGCGACCGGGACGAUGUUGUAUUUUUCUACCAACCUGUGAGCCCCAAGAGUCUGGCCACUGCUUUCGAGACGUGCCUCGACAUCAAGGAAAGUUCCGGAGACAACACUCCUGCACGAAUGCAGUCAACACUAUCCACUUCUCCUGACGCUCAGAUCCAUCAAAUGGCCGACGGCGUGGAUGGCGUGGAUGGCGUGGACGAUCAAGCGACUGAGCGACGGCAGCCAAACUCUGGGUCUGGACCCCGCAGAGUCCUUCUCGUGGAAGACAACGCUAUAAAUCUCCAGCUCCUCGAAAUGGCCGUCAGAAAGUCGAAGCUUCAAUACCAUUCGGUGUCCAACGGGCUUGAAGCAACUGACGCUUUCCGACGCUUGGCAUUCGAUGCCGUGGUUAUGGUAACAGACAUCUCGAUGCCGGUCAUGAAUGGGCUUGAGGCCACCCGGAAAAUCCGGCAGUGGGAGCGCGCUCAGCACUUGGAGCCCACGGUCAUUAUCAUCCUCACGGCGGGAGUGUCACCGGACAUCCAGCAGGAGGCGCGAGCCAGCGGCGUUAAUUUGUUCUUGAUGAAACCGAUCUCGAUCGCCAGGUUGCAGAAGGUUCUGCGCGACAUGCCUGACGCGAAGAAGGGGGCAUCCUUUUAA